AUGAGUGAAUUCCCCUUAGACCCGCAGAUGUCGAAAAUGCUCGUUGUGGGCCCGGAAUUCAACUGCUCGAACGAAAUUCUAUCGAUAUCUGCCAUGCUUUCGGUCCCAAAUUGCUUUGUUCGGCUUAAAGGGGAAGCGCAAAAAGCCGCAGACGAAGCAAAGAGUCGUUUUAGUCACAUUGAAGGCGAUCAUCCCACGCUGUUAAACGUAUACCAUGCGUACAAGCAGAACAAUGACAGUCCACAAUCGCUAAAACAAGCUGGCAAUGCGCGACAACAGCUGUCGCAGAUCAUGGCCCGGUUCGACCUCAAGUUAUGCAGUUCGGAUUUCAAGAGCCGCGACUACUAUGUGAUUUUUCGAAAGGCGAUAUUGGCCGGGUAUUUCAUGCAGGUUGCUCAUUUGGAGCGUAAUGGACAGUAUUUGACCGUGAAAGAUAAUCAAGUUGUGCAAUUGCAUCCUUCGAAAUCCCUUGAUCAUAAACCGGAAUGGGUGGUUUACGAUGAAUAUGUAUUGACAAGCCGGAAUUUUAUCCGGACAGUUACCGAUGUUCGUUGA